AUCAUUCGUAGCGUGAACGUCGAAGAGUGAGGAAGGUUUUUUGGUCGGGUGGUCGUAAGUGGGAUCGUUUGGGAAUAUCUUAAGAAGUGUAUCGUUUCUGUUUUUUUUUUCGUGGCAACGCAAUUGUGUGAAGAAAACUGUGGAAAAUACUGAAAAAAAUCCCACUCAGGAUUAUAAAUUUAAUAAAAGUGCUUUUUGAAGUUCUGGUAAAACCUUUCGUGUGUUCCCAAAGCGGAAGUUGAUCAGUGUUGGAUUUUAACGAGUUGACGUGCUCUCUUGGUGAAAGUGCCCAAUGAAGAGGAAUUUUAAUUGACUAGAGGGAAAAAUCUUUUUGGAAGACAUUUCUGUGGAGUUCUGUGUGCCACACCUUAACCAUUUGAAAAGAUCUCAGAAACUUUUAAGUGGCAUAAAUCAUGACUGUUAGUAAGAUCCAGAUGGCACAGCCAGCCAUUGUGAGCAGGAUUCAGACACAGUCCCAACGGCCAAGUACCCGCCGAUGCCUCUUUGAGCAGGCACCGCCAGGGGAGAAUCUUAGGAUAGCCAAAAUUGAGACUGAAAGAAUAAAUCAGGAAAAGUAUGAAGAAGUUAAGGAACGCUAUGGCUACGAUAUCCUCAGAGAUCAGCCUGUUGAGGCAUCUUCGGAGGAGGUAUCAGAACGCCUGCAGGAGACGGAAGCUGAGGGAAAUGUUGAGACCGGUGCAGGGGGUAUUCCCAAUCCGGGCUGUUCAACUGAAGUGAAGGAUACAGUGAAGAAGGUUGAGGUCAUGUGCAAUGGUGCUAGUGCAAGAAAUCCGGGAAAAGAAAUCUCAUCCGCCGAGAAGAGUCAUCGUGUGAAACCCUACGAUCGAACCAAGCAGACACACAUCACAGAUUAUAUGAGAGAGGUGAAAAAGCCUUCAAGAUCCAGCAAAGAGUCCAAGGAGAAACACUAGGAAGGACAUCCUGUGAGUUUUUCCUCAUGCAUCAUGGGCUUGGUGCAACGUGAAUCACUUUUCAUAAAUUCUUUUGUGACACAAAUUGAGCACAAAAAUUUUAUCCACAAAUAAGUAAAAAAAAAACAACACUCAUUUAACUAUUUGAGAGAAAAAAAUUGAGAAAAAAAAGAUGAUAGUGUAAUUUAUUGAUGGAAAAAAAUGAAGAAAAAAAACAUGAAAUGAUCUCAAAUAUUUAACUAGAAAAGAAAGAAAGUAAUUUAUAAAUCUUAUUUUUUGUAGUUGUAGGAAUUAUUUAAUUUUGCUUGAAGAAAAAAGUACAUAAUAUAUAAAAAAAGAGAGAUAAGCUAAGGACACUCACUGAAGCUGAGAAAUUCAGGAAGAAAUACCAGAAACAUUUCGGUUAAUCAGUUUUUUUUUAUCAAUGGAGGUUUAUAGAGAGAAAACUUCCGGAAAGAACAAUUGAUAUUGAUCAGGGACCAAGAAUUGGCGUUAUCAUCCUCUCUCAGAAACCUCCAUCCACAGUGCAUCACAUUUUGAGAUUUUAUUCAAUUAAAAAGUAAUCUAAAUUUAAAAUCCAUUGUCCCCAGUGAAAACAAAAAAAAAAUAUCUCGCGUGAAAAAAGAAACGACAACACACUUGAAAAACCCUUCUCAAUUGCAAUGUGAUAUCGAAAGGUGACAAAAGUGUUUAAGUUAGAAAUUCCACCUCAAAUGUUUUCGUGGCAUCACAUACAACUAAAAAAAAUUCCAGUUCAAUUGAUAAAUUGCGAGGAGCUCAGCCGAAGACAGGAAGAAUCAACAGAGAGAUUUUUCACAAACGUUAUGGGUUGUUGCAAAACCUUUCGUUCAUAAGAGAACUUUCGGAAAUUUGGAAGUCUUUCGAAACUCUAUUCGAAAAUCGAAUACAUUAAUAUUUGAUUUAAAUACAUGAAUAUUUUUCUAUGAAUUUUCAAUUCAAGAUCACAACAAAGCUAUUCGAAUUUCGAAAUAGUUUUCGAAUAUCAAAAUUUAUUAAUUGUCUUUCAAAAUUGUAAAGAAAUAUGGAGAUUUAGUGGACGAUUUAUAAGAAACUUGUUUGUAUACAAUCGGAAGGAGAAGAUUCUCAUUGUAGAAUGUUAAGAAAAUCGUUCAAAGUGGGCUGACAACUUAGAGAUAAACCAUUUUUGAUUAUUUGGAUUUAAAUGUCAUUCUUGAUAGGCCAAGAAAUGAAAAGUACAAAAUUCAAAAUUGUUUUAUCUUGGCCAGUAAUUAAUUCAGAAUUUAAUAAAAUUAAAUACUGAAAAAUUAUUAGUUUCUCUUACGUCGUUAUCACACUUGCACACUAAAAUUUUAAUGUGAUUCACAUUAAUUGUCUCUUGUGAGCGUCCAAAUAUGUUAUUUGUGUCUUUCAGUCACUUAAUAUUUGGGUUUUUUUUUUUCUAUUUAUUUAUAAAGAAGUGGACUUGGCCUGCAAAAAUAAGUUUAUAUUUACCUAAAGCAUAAAUAUUUUUCACAUUAAAAAAUUAAAGACAAAAUCGCAUUAAUUUUUCGCAUUAAUGCUAUAAACCAAUUUAUAUCAAAUUUUGCGGGCCAAGUCUACCUUUUUAUCAACAAAUAGAUCAAAUUUUGAAUAUAAAAUGAUUCAAACACACAAAUUACACAUUUGGACUCUCACCAGCGACAAUUAAUGUGAAUCAUAUUAAAAUUUUAAUGUGCAGGUGUGAUAACACAGUUAGAAGCAGAUUUUGUUAUUCACUCUGCGGCAUACCGAUUUAUUUGAUAUUUAUACAAAUUUUAUUUAUGAAGAUUUCGAAGAUAAAACGCCAGCUAUCACUCGUAAGAGCUCGGAACGGUUUGCUACCUUCAAAUGAUUGCUUCUGAAUUUUACUCCACACAAUCCUCUCGUUCAGUAAUAAACCUUCCCAACUUGAGUGGUUUCUCUGGUUGAUUGAGGUUUUUUUCUGUACCGAUUCGAAUGUAUAUCAGAGAGAACUUACCUAAAAACCCGUUGGAAAUUUGAACGUUUAAACCGACGAGUUACACAAAAAUGAGCAAGUUCCUAAAAAGGACAUUUCUUUGAGUGAAAGUGCAAUUAAGACGUUCUGCCAUCCUGAAAUUCCACAAAACUAUACAAGAAUUCACUUUUUGCCUCAAACACACAUUGUUGUUGACGUUGACGAUUGAAGUGUCAAGAAUAGCGAAAUUCGAAAUGGCAGAAUCAACAGCGCUAAAGCGGAGAGUACGUGAACUUGCACUUUAGGCUUCCGGUAGAUUUUCGAAUAAAAAGGUUAUUACUGAAGUGAGCCAAUGAGCCUAAACAGAAGUAGAUUUUGAUUCUCCAAUAGUGUCUCGGAUGAAAGGUAAAUGGAACUCCAUGUCGUUGAUGUUCGAAAAAGUCAAAUUCAAUUUCGAAUUUUCAUACUAAAUUUUCCAACAAGGUGGGGAACAUUUAUCAAAUGUCACACUAAAAAGCUGGCAAAAGAGUUACUCAGUGAUUACGGAGUGAUUAAAUACUGGGGCAAGAACAGUAAAUGACGCUGUUUUUUUUCCUCACAACAAUGUGAAGACCGUCGCAUUUUGACACUUGAGCACUUCGAAAUUCGAACAGGAUGUACCUCAGCCACCUUGCGGAAUUAUCAAGAAGAAAGAAAGUCUCUUUUUUGGAUCUUCAAAUUUUCGAAUUUUUCAAGAUCUACUUCUGUACGGAAAGAAUUUGAGUUUGAUUCUGUUAAGUUUGAUUCUGUUGUCGGCUAAAUAUCAAUUUACACAAAAAGUCUUUGAUAUUCGAAAAAUUCAAAUUGAAUUAUUUGAAUGAUUUUGUGGGGAAUCAUUAUGGAAGACGAGUAAACCUCGUUGCUUUGAUAUUCCUCACAACAAAGUCGAACUCUAAAUUCUAUGCUGACAUUAUUCGAAAUUCGAAUAGAUAAUCACAAGAGCCGCCUUGUGGGAUUAUCAAGAAGCUAGAGUAUGUUUUAGGCUUUUAAAGCCGUUUUUCGAAUUCUUCGAUCUCCGGCUGUCAAUCAGUAGAAUCUUUGAGAUUUUCGAAGAUGAAACGCCAUCUAUUUUCUAUCUAUUAGAAUUUCGAAUGAUUUACUAAUUUCGAAUGAUAUCUUCUGAAUGCAAGGACAUCUUCCAACCCAAAUUACGUUAAAUCCAAUCCCGGAUUUUUAUUUAAAUGUAGUGCUAUCAGCAGUUAAUUGCACAAGUUUCUACAUAGGCACCUGAAAAAUCUCUCUGAAGACAAAUAAAUAAAUCUAUUAAGCUCCAAAAGUGUGGGCAUUAAUUAAGAGAACAAGAAUUGUAUAAAUAUUGUAACAAAUGUGAGAAUUUCCCACCGUGGUCACCCAAGAACUUCAAAUUGAACUGCCCUUUCUUCAACGUGUUGUUUAACCCUCUUUUUUCAAUUAAUCCCAAGAGACACAGAAAAUACAAAAAAACCUUUCUCUUAGUAAUUUUCCUAAUUGAUUUUUGUUAAUUAGAAAAUCAUUGUGAUUUUCUUUAGUGACUCUUUGAACAGUACAAAAUUUCUCCUAAAAAAAAAAGAAAGAAAAUCUUUUGAUUGCAUUUUUUAUCCUCUAUUGAGAUAAUCAAAAUAUUUUUUUUUUAAUUCAUCGAAUUGUGAUACGACUUUCUUUAGCGCCGAACUGAAUAUUGCUGGAUUUUCUUUGAAAUUUUUAUCACCCCCGCAGAUUUCUCCCAAAUAGAAAUCAAGUGAUUCAGAAACACAAAAACCUCUUGUUUCGCCUCAAAUUUAUUGCUUUGAUACAAGAAUUUUAAAAUAGAUGGUCUUUUUCGAGUGCGUGGAAACUUCCAAUUUGCAGAAGUUCCAUUCAAAUGAGCUACACUGCUAGUAAUGGGUGCUUAUGCCCAUGAAACUAUUUGCUACACUAUUUACCCUUCACCCCAAAUGUUUAGGUCACAUCCCAGAGAUUGUAUAAUAGUUUAUUUAUUUUAAUAUCACCCCCGUGGUUAAAUCACGUGUUUGUGUGAAAUUUGCAUUAAUAUUUGGUAAGGAUUUGUGCAGAAAAAAAAGAUGCCACAUCUUCAAGAAAAAAUAAACAUGAAAGAAAUCAAUAGACAUUUUGUGAGGAAGAGAUUGAUCUUUGGCAUUAAUUAUUGUUUUUUUUUGUCUAAAAAAUUAUCUCACAAGUAUUUGUAAAUAGUUUUGUAUAGAAAAGUGAUCGAAUAAAUCACAAUAUAUAGUAUCUCUUCCUUCGUAAGAUUGCAUACAACUUUUUUUUGUAGAAUUUAAAGAAAGAAUCGAGUGAAUUGGACAGGAGGUCCAUUACUAAAAUAAUAUCUUGAAUGAAAAAUAAAGAAAUGUUGCUAUACAGAAAAAAUAAA